AACAAACUUCAGCCAGCAGAAAAACAAAAGUUAACGGCAACGGCCGAUUGAUAAGAUAAAAACAUAAUUAUUCAGGAUUUGAAGCUAAAUAGAUUAAAAGACACCAUAGUUCGAGAAUCGCCGUGUAACGCCAUGAAUAAAAGAGUUGAAACCGGCGCAUCUCUCGAGUGUUUUAAUUUAAUAAAUUGAUGAUCCCAAAUCCAGAACAAUUCUCGAACUUUCAACGAAAAUAAAGAUAUAAAAUCAACAACAUCGACGUAACAACAGCGAAGAAAAGUCGAGCCACACAUCUCGGACAAUUAACCAAAUUAUACAAAGAGCUAGAAACACAGAUGUUAUCACCAGAAAACGCAAUACGAGUGAGGGAGCUAUUCGACCGACAGUGCGAAAAAUAUGAAGAAUUCAAAACAGUGCAUUUCCAGUACUUCGAACUUUGCGAAGACCCGGAAACCAAAGUAGCACUGCAAGAAAGUUUUGAAAGUUGCAAAACAAACUUUGUGGAAUUCAAAGAACGAUACUCGCAAUGGACCCACACGGAAGUAGACUCUCUAUCAAGUGCUGCAUCAUCAACAUCUAGGUUAAAACACGCGAAAGUGAAACGGCUGAUCGCAGAACAAAAACUUAAAACGUUGAAAGAACAGCAAUCUUUAGAGAAAGAAAGGCUCAAAUUAGAAUCCUUGCAAAAGGAGCUACAGGAUAAGACACGUCUACUUGCACAAGAAAGCGUCGUGACGGAAGCGAAGCUGGAGGAAUCUGUGUGGGCAGACGAAGAUACGGUGAUACACGAAUACGACGUACAUCGUGAACACACUUCACCGAUUAUUGAAACGGACAGAGCUUCCACAUCACGUCGAUUAAACGGUGGUUUCACGGACAAUCGCAACGCAGCAGACGAACCUUCCAGUGAGCGCGUGAGCGUGACGCAGCGAGAUAGCAGACACAGUGCUUCCGGUAUGGACGUUGAGAAACUUGCUUCAAUUCUUCAAGAAGGGUUUAAUUUGCCCAAACCCGAAUUAUUAACAUUUAGCGGUUCUCCACUUGACUAUUGCAAAUUUAUAAAGAACGUCGAGACAAAUGUAGAGUGCAAAGUAAGUGAUAAUAGACUUAACUUAAGUUAUUUGAUACAAUAUUGUACAGGUGAAGCGAGGUCAUGCAUAGAUGAUUGUGUUUUGUUAGACGCAAAUGUAGGUUAUAGCAAAGCUAAAUCGAUUUUGCAGUCUCGCUAUGGAAGGCCGCGUGUUAUAGCAAGAAGUCACAUUGAUAAGUUGUUACACGGUCCUCCAGUUAAGGCCUCUGAUGUGAAUGAGCUUUCCAAAUUAGCGCUUGAUAUGCAAAAAUGCCAGAUUACACUUUCACAAUUUGUGUCUGAUAUAGAUAACUCAGAGAAUUUGAGGUGAAUUGUUAGACGUCUCCCUAUGCAUUUGAGAUCUAGAUGGGCAGAAAUAGCACACUCUAUUUUUGAGUUAGGCAGAGAACCUAGAUUCUUUGAUUUGACAAAAAAAAUUGAUGAAAGGUCACGAGUGGCUUGCUCGGUGUAUGGUAUAGAUGUUGUACAAGAAAAUGUCCGAGACAGUAAACCGCCUCAUGGUCCGUGAGGUAAUAUUAUUAAAGGGAAAGUCACUACCCUUUCUACAUCAACAGAAAGUCAUGCACAUGGAUAUGAUAGAUAAUGUUAUUGCUGUUCAGGUGCAUGUACAGACCUAACGUCUUGCGAUAAGUUCAAAAGUAUGUUUUUAGAAGAUAGUAAGAAGUAUAUCGCAAAAUGCAAACUAUGUUUUAAUUGCCUUAAAUGCAAUCAUAUGUCACGAAAAUGUAGACGUGACAAAAUGUGUACUGUAUCUGAUUGUACAAGCAAACAUCAUUCAUUGUUGCAUAGUUGGGUCAAACCAGUAAAUGUUGUUUCGCAACCUUCUGUUAAUUGUGCAGCUGUAAAUGGGUCAUUUGUUAAGACAUGUUUGGGGAUUAUACCUGUAACUAUUAAGGGUGGGAACGGUCACUUCUGUCAAACUUAUGCCCUUCUCGACGAUGGUGCAGACAAGACACAGUGUAAUGAGAGAUUGAUCCAGCAGUUGAACUUCCGCAGUAGACCCGUCACCUUCCAGAUAUCGACUAUCAGCUCGACCGGAAGUACUACUCAUGGACAGGAAGUAGACCUCAGUGUGAGUCCUGUUUCCGGAAACGGCGGCAGCGUUCAGUUAAAUAACGUUUGGACGGUCAAGCAGUUACCAAUCUCCACACGGUCUGUUGUGACGUCUGAUGACAUUAGCGGGUUUCCAUACUUGUCCGACCUGCAUAUUCCCCAAAUGAAAGUAAACCAAGUCCUACUAUUGAUUGGCACUGAUUGUCCCGAAGCAUACAUACCCCUUGAAGUGCGUUCCAGAUGCAGCCACGAACCAUAUGCGAUACGAACGAGACUUGAAUGGGCAGUUCGUGGACCAGUCCCUCGAGCCAGUAUAGAACCGAGCCGAACAGAGCACCCCAGAGAAGAAGCGAAUAUCAACUUUGGUCAAUCAAGUGACGUUAUAUUUCAACAGCAACUUGAACGUAUGUGGACGUCAGAUUUCAACGACGCGUCACAUUGCGAGAAAGAUUCCAAGUAAGUUGAAGAUAAGAGAGCGUUGCGUAUUAUGAAAUCAACCCUGUCGCACGUGGAUGGUCACUAUAAGAUGGGACUACCUUGGCGAGCAGACGACAUUAUACUACCGAAUAAUUCGGCGUUGGUGCACGCACGUCUUAACCAACUGAAGAGAAAACUUUCAAACGACAAAACAUUGCAUGAAAUAUAAACC